AAAAGCAGUUGCUAUAGGACCGAGUUUUACCAUUUUUUUAAAACAAACACAAAAUCCUUAUGGAGCUGACAUUUUAAACCGCAGCUUAUAUUAGUGACUAGCAGAUUUAGUGCAACUAGAUUUUUUAAAAUAUCAAUAUGUAUGUGUUCCUUAGCUUAACCCGGAGAUCUCCAAUCCCCACCUGUUCUGAUGCAGACGGGUCAAAAGCUCAAAUGAGUCAAAUAGUUUGCUGUACUUUGUUUACCUUUCCUGUUUUCUGUUUAAGGUGACAAGCUCUCUUGCUCUCUCACAGUCUGAAUGAACCACAGACAUCCCUCAAUGUAGCAUAGAAAAGAACAUUUGUUUAAUAGCUUUUCACACUUCUAUGUAUCUUCUGACUUUAAUUUUAAAAACCUCAUUGGUACUAAAAAUAGCUAACUUUGAGUCCCCUGCCGUCAAUAACAGGGUCCAUAUGUAAGAGUGCAUCAGAGAGACCUGGUAGCGCUGAGUCUGGAGAAUUCUCUGGUCAGUCGUGAUCAAGCUGCAAAUCGGACAACUUUAGUCAGUACAUCUCUACUUAAUAUGCAAGUAUCUGGACUGAAAAGGACUGGAAAAAGGGCAUUACUCUAAAGGAACAGAGAAAUUAGUUCUCUCUCCCUGGGCUGCAAGAACAUUUUGUUGAUGUCAAAAUGGUUCAGAAAGUCUUAUGAGCUUGUUAUUGUUGUAUUGUAAAGUAGCAUCAAAUUUUUUAACAAAUUUGUGUCUUCUUGCAAAGGCCUAAUUACAUUUUGUAUAUCAUUCUUUAAAAUGAGUGCACUAAAACCUAUCCCUUCCUCACCCCUGCAAUACCAGAUCAAAGCCAUUGGUAGUCAGACAUCAAUGUACUCUGUCAUCAUGGAAGAAAGAAAAUGUAUAUAGUAUUAUCAGGUUACAUAUGUUCAGUACAACAAUAAUGUUACAGUUUUGUGUUAACAUUUACAGCUACCGCAGUUUCAAGCAUGGACAUAAACGGUUGAUGGGUAACAGAUCCUCUAAAUGAACAUUAAAUAUUUUCCUAAGUAAAUAUAAAUCAAAGCUUCUUUUAUCUAGUAGCCAAAUGUUGGUUGAACAUCCUUUCACCUGGAAAGAAUGAGUCCCCUGACCAAAAGAGAGGAAAAUGUAGUCUUGUUUACCUAAUCCUCACUGUGCAACAUAAUUUGGGACUAUGGCAAAUAGUGAUAUCAAUAGAGAGGGAUAUAGUUUAUCCACAUAUUUUAUAGAAAGUGUCAAAAGUCUCAUUCUAAAAUCUAUGCAUUUUUGGACAUAACUAAAACAUAUGUAAUUGUGUAGGUGACCCCCCCGCCUCCAAAUUUCCGAUUAGGAAAACAACAGCCACUAGGGGGCGACAUUGCACCAUGAGCUCCUUCAGGUUGGAACUUCCUGGGUUGCCAUAUAUGCUUCCGCUCUGUGUUGGUGUAUUUUAAAUGAGAUCAGACAGCUGCAGACAACUGGUUGUUUAUGCAUCAGUCUGGUACCGCAGGUCUCUCUGGCUUGUGCCGGGUCACCGAGUAUCUAUUCCUGAGUAAUGGCAGAGCAGCCAAGGACUGCUCCCAGGUGACGGGGAAUGGAAUAACCUGCAUCAUAAACGCCACAGAGACCAGGAGCAGCUCUCCUCCUCCUCCCGGAGUGGAGUACAUCCACAUCCCAGUGUCUGACUCCCCGCUGUGUCCGCUCGGAGACCACUUUGACCAGGUGGCGGAUAAAAUCCGGAUCACAGCAGAGGGCAACGGCCGCACACUGGUGCACUGCAACGCCGGUGUAAGCCGCUCCGCCGCUCUCUGCUUGGCCUAUCUGAUGAAGCACCGCGGGGCGACACUGCUGGAGGCCCACCGGUUGCUGAAGAGCUGUCGGCCCAUCGUAAGGCCGAAUCCCGGAUUCUGGAGGCAGCUUAUCCAGUAUGAGGCGGGGCUGCGUGGGUGUAGUACAGUCAGGAUGGUGCCCUCUUCUUUAGGAGAGAUACCUGACAUUUAUGAAGAGGAGACCAGGAACAUGGUGCUUCUGUGAAGAGACACUCUCUCACUCACUGGGGGAUGAACUGCGGUGUUGAUUAACAGUGACAUAAACAUGAGUCAUCUUUGAGUUACACGACAGACCCAAUGGGUUUCAAAUUAAUGGCACUGGGGGAAUUUAAGUAAUUUUACACGUUUAAUACAAUUUAAAGAAAUAAAAGCUACAAAUACCAAGAA